AUGUCUGAAAAACUCACCACACAUGAAAGUCUUCGACAAAAACCUCGUGGGAAUCUGGCACUCAAGCUGUUGACUAGUCUUCCAGUUAUACUACUACUGGUGUACGUCUUUUUUCAUCACGACAACUCGCAGUCGUGGCUCACAGUUUUUGACCCCGCGUGUAAACGUACGAGUAAUGGAAUUUCGGUAGAAAAUGCUGCUCAAACUGCUACUGUAGAUCAAUUGGCAGCAUUGGGACUCGACACAGAAUCUGAGGUCAAAAUUAUACGGCUUUCUGGCGGCAAAACGAAAACUCUCCAUGGAAGAUUUCUACACAUUACCGAUAUCCAUCCUGAUCCUCUAUACCACACAGGAACUUCAGCAGGAGAAGUUUGCCAUAGGGGGGAGCCUAAAGAUGAUUCAGAUACCGCAGCUCGUUUUGGAGUGGCCAUGAAUGGAUGCGACAGCUCGAUGGAUCUCAUGAAUUACACUCUCAACUGGAUAGAAAAGAAUCUGCGGGACAAAAUCGAUUUCGUAGUAUGGACAGGCGACAAUAUCAGACAUGACAAUGACCGUCGUCAUCCAAGAACUGAGUCCCAGAUUUUUGAUCUUAACGCUAAGAUGGCUUCCAGAUUUGAAGACAUGUUUCGCAAAAAGGAUAGCAUAGACCCUAGGGAUUUCGACGUGAACGUCAUCCCCAGUUUAGGAAACAACGACGUUUUUCCACAUAACUUGUUUUCUCUGGGACCCACACUACAAACUCGGGAGGUCAACAGCAUGUGGUCGAACUUUAUACCGCAGGAACAACAGCGAUCUUUUGAUAGAAGCACGUCCUAUUUCGUAGAGGUAAUUCCUGGGAAAUUGGCCAUUUUAUCGAUCGAGACACUAUACCUCUACAAGGCAAAUCCAUUAGUCGAUACAUGCGACUCCAAAAAAGAACCCGGCUACCAGCUUCUCCUUUGGUUGGGCUACGUUCUUGAAGAACUGCGGAGCAGAAAUAUGAAAGUCUGGUUGUCGGGCCAUGUACCGCCCUUACCUAAAAACUACGAUGGCAAUUGUUUUCACAAAUUCACACUUUGGACCAACGAAUAUCGCGACGUUAUCAUCGGAGGAAUAUACGGACACAUGAAUAUCGACCAUUUUGUACCUCUAGAUGCCAAGAAAUCAUGGAAGGCUAUUGAAAAGGCUGGUGGAAAGUCCUUUGAAGUGAAUUUCGAAAAUCUGGAUGACGGAUACGAAUUUGACGACGUACUAGAUGGUGCGGUCGAAGCAAGUGAUGCCAGGGCCAUGGGCGCUAAGCCUGUCAAUAAGGUUGCAUACAUUGACGGCGUACGGGAAACUUACUACGAAAAGAUUGCUUCAAAGGCAAGCAGUUUGUUUUCUGUCGAAAGAAAGAGAAAAAAGAAUAGCAAGAAGCACAAGAAUAGGGAUAAGAGUAAGGACCAUUACAAGGGCAAAAUAGAUCGCUACAGUAUUGUUAAUGUUGCUGGAUCUGUCAUACCAACGUUCAACCCUUCAUUUCGGGUUUGGGAAUACAACACUAGCGGAUUGGGAACUGAUUAUUCUGUGAACGGUAUGCCGACGCAAGACUGGCAAAAAUUCUUUGAUAACCUCGAGGUUCAAAUCCAGCGUGAUUUGGAAGACAAACCGAGCAUAUUAGAUCGGGUCAACACGUUGUGGCGCAACAGCAACAGUAAAGUGGAUAAAACGAUUCCUUCGCGAAUGCCCGCUGAUUUGCCUCUAGGACCUGCAUACGUGCCUCAAUUGUUCACACCAACACGAUUUGUUCAGUACUACGCAGAUCUCGAGGCCAUUGAGCACAAAUACCAGAAAGAAAUCUCAAAGGGAGCCAGUGAGGAAGACGCCGCGGCAGCGGCGUUCUCGUUUGAAGUGGAAUACACUUCCGACGACGCUCCGUACCCGAUGAAGUCACUGUUGACCAGAGAUUAUCUGGAUCUGGCGGUGAAACUCGCUAACGACGAGAAGGUAUGGUCCAAAUUCAAAGAGCGUGCGUUCGUGUCAACGGGUUACGACGAUUAA